GAAUUGCUUCGAAAUUCUUUAGGUUCCAAACAGAGUAUUAAUGAAGCAAUUGGUUAAGGAAACGUUGUCCUAAACAGUCCUUUCAGUUGGAGAAAAAGAAAAAUGGCUUUUUCUUCUUCUUCAGCUCUCUCAAGAAUAUCUAAUCUCAGUAGACACUUUCACUCGCCAAACUCGAAAACAAGCGAUGACCCACAGGGUGCUAUUGACGCUCCCGGUGGAGGCUUAAUUAAGAUAUCCUCCGAAGUUUCUGCUGCCAUUUCUCGUGGGCAUCCUGUUGUUGCCCUCGAAUCAACCAUCAUCUCACAUGGGAUGCCAUAUCCUCAAAAUUUGGAGACUGCAAAGGAAGUAGAAGCAAUAGUGAGGAAGAAUGGAGCAGUUCCUGCAACUGUUGCAAUUUUAGAUGGCACUCCAUGCGUAGGCCUGAAUGAGGAAGAAUUGGAGAGGUUGAGUAUUCUGGGAAACCGAGUACAAAAGACUGCUAGGAGGGACAUAGCACAAGUUGUGGCCAGUGGAGGAAAUGGUGCUACAACUGUUUCUGCAACAAUGUUCUUUGCUUCUAAGGUUGGCAUACCAGUGUUUGUGACUGGGGGAAUUGGAGGUGUUCAUAGACAUGGUGAACAAACAAUGGAUAUAUCUUCUGAUCUCACCGAGCUAGGAAGAACCCCUGUAGCAGUCAUCUCAGCUGGUAUAAAAUCGAUAUUGGACAUCCCCAGGACCCUUGAAUAUUUGGAAACUCAGGGAGUAUGUGUUGCAGCUUAUAGAACAAAUGAAUUUCCUGCUUUCUUCACGGAAACCAGUGGCUGCAAGGCACCUUGUCGUGUUGAUACUCCAGAAGAGGCUGCAAAGCUUAUCGUAGCCAACAUGAAUCUUGAGCUUGGAAGUGGAAUUCUGAUUGCUGUUCCAAUUCCAAAUGAGCAUUCAGCUUUUGGAAGCUUAAUUGAGAAGGCAAUACAAACUGCACUUCAAGAAGCCCGGGAGAAGAAUAUUGUGGGCAAUGCUGAAACUCCAUUCUUACUUAAAAGGGUGAAUGAACUCACUGGAGGAGCCUCACUUGCUUCAAAGAAGAGCAAAACGAUUCAUUUAUUUCGGACAUGGUCUGCUGCUUUAUCUCUUGGGUUUCUUUAACUUCCUCAAGAUAUUGCACUUGUAAAAAACAAUGCUCUUGUGGGUGCCAAAAUUGCCGCAGCCCUUGCCAAGCUCAGAGUGGAAUAGCAGGAAGGUACUUUUCAAGUUGGACCACAAUAAUAGAAUUUUGUUUUAUUAAAAGAAUAACAGUGACCAUAUAAUUUAAUAGUAUGGCCAAUGGAAAAAACAAUCUGUUGAGGAAGCCUAACCUUUUGUUUUAAUGCUAUUUCUUGAUUGGGAAAGUUUUGAUUUA